AUGGAAGAUGUCGCUUCCGUGGAUUUCAAGCACGGAAGGCAGUUUAGGAGAGAUUUACACCAACGGUGGAAUUCAUCCCCUCCAUUUCAGAAACUAAUGAUGAAUCUUACUAUAUACUGGACGAUAUCGGCCGUCAUAUAUUGUGGGGUUACUGCUGCUGUAUCUUGGGCAACCCCCUUGGAAUUCGCAUUUGCAUGGACGCUCGGACAACUCUUUGUAUGGGCCCGUCUAAGUGCCCUGGGGUGCCGGGUGUUAUCGAAGCGGGGCCUGCGAAAAGAAAGGGAGUGGAAAAUACCUUUGCCGAACGACAUGUAUAAAUGGCUCCUAUCUUCAGCUAGUACUAUGUAA